AUGUCAAAACCUCGAUUCUGCAACCCUCACCGACGAGCCUGCAACCUCCUCUCCAGCUUUUGCCACCUGCAUCGCCAGCCUCGCCCGAUUGCGCCGCCCCGUGCCAGCGCGUCACUCCUCGCCGUCACCGUUUCGGCAUCUCUCUACAUUUCUCGACUGACUAACCGCCUCGCUGCCAUCCCCGUUGGUGUUGAGUCUGUCGCCGGAUCUGCCGCCGCCCUCUAG